CAGAAAGAACCUCUCUGAUAGUCUCUAUUCAAGCUUAUAUGUUUUAUGCUGGAUGGGCAAGAUCUUUCAAGUUCAGGAAUAAGAUCAUGACUGAGAUCGAGAAGGAAAACAUUUCAAGCCUGAUUAUUUGAACUUCUGGAGAACAAUCUGAGAUUGGGAAAAGGACUCAGUUAAAGUGGGGAGAUUAUCCAGAUGCCAGCCACAGAUGCCGGUGAAACAUCAGGAACAAACCCUUCUAGAACAUGGCCACAUAGCACGAAAAGCUCACAAAAAACCUAUCCAGACAAGAACUUUUUAUAUGAAAAGAACCCUAUAAGCAAAGAUUGAACAUAAUGGCCAGUUUCAGUCAGACAGCCCUGCCCACUUUUGAUGCUGUAAACAAACACUAUGGAAAAUUUAAUAAAACUCCAAAUAACAGUACCAUCUGUUCUGAUCCAGGACUGGAUGAAGGCGUACUUAUUUUUGCCAUCUUCACUAUGAUGUUUUGUGUUUUGGGGAUUUUAGGGAAUGGAAUUGUCAUCCAGCUGCUUGGCUCCUGCAAGAGGAACACUUUCACCAUUUAUAUCCUAAACUUGUCCAUUGCUGACUUUGGCUUGGUCACCAUUGAACUGAUUAUAGAAAUACAUUGGCUUGUGUCGCACUUGUACUGUGGCUUUCCCUACGAAUUAUUCCAAACUAUCUUCCUACUGAUGUACAGUGCUGGUCAGUUUCUACUGACUGUCAUCAGCAUUGACAGGUGCAUCUCUGUCCUUUUCCCAGUUUGGUACCGAUGUCACCGUCCAGCACACUGGUUCACCACUGUGUCUGUCCUAAUAUGGGCCAUCUCCUUCAUCCUCUGUUUCAUUCACUUCACUCUCAUUCUUACAACAGGCUUUGGCAAUUUCCCCAUGAUGUACCAAUUUAUAGUAAAUGCUGUGCUUUGCCUCCCACUGAUGACUAUCUCCAGCCUGACUUUGUUAAUCAAAGUCUACUUUAUAUCAAAACAGAGGCGAGGAAAACUUUUACUCGCAAUCCUGCUUACUCUUAUUUUCUUCUUGAUCCUGGCUUUUCCACUUAAUGCCUUUUACUUUACCAUUUAUCUUGUUCAUGAUAUACAUCCAAAUCUUGUGCAUUAUGGAUACCUAUGUGCAUGCAUAAACAGCAGCAUUAACCCACUUAUCUACUUCUUGGUUGGGAGACAAAAGAUGAGCACAGCUAGGAAGACCAUGAAAGAAAUACUCCAGAAGGUUUUCAAGGAAGAGGAAGAUCAGUCAGAAGAAAUGGAGACCUCUGAAUGUAAACUAUGAUGGUUCAAAGAGGAAUUCGUCAAAAUUAAUUCAUCACUUAUUUGAGAUGGAAAGAAACUGAGGCCUAAAAAUGUGAAUACACGAGAAAGCAACACUGACAGAUUUCUCUCAUCUGUAACUUCAAAUAGUGCACCUGC